UCCCAAGUGCUCUCCACAGGUGUGUGAGUUAGCAGCUCCCACCUCCUCUGGGAGGCUGAUGAGUGUGGUGAGGGUGAUGAGGAUGGUGAGGGUGAUAAGGAUGGUAAGGUGUUGCGGUGAAUGCUCCAAGUGUGGGGACACGAGGCUUGACUCCAUUUUUCUCUGAAGGCUGAUCUAUUAUGUUAUAUAUUAUAUUAAAAUACUACAUUAAAACUAUACUAAAGGAACAGAGAGAGAGGAAGGAUCAGAAGGCUACAAAGAACAAGAAUAAAAUAGAAUAGAAUGCAUAACAAAAUCCUGUGACUGCUCACAGCCUCGGCACAGGUGGCUGUUAUUGGUCACUAAUUGAAAACAAUCAACAUGGACCAAUGGAAGAUGCACCUGUGGCAUUCCCCAGCAGCACACAGUUAUUAUUUACAUUUCUUUCCUGAGGCUCUCAGCUCCUCAGGAUGGGAAAAAUCCUAGGAAAGGAUUUUCCAUAAAAUAUCAUGGCUGCAGUAAGGGUGCUGAGGCUGGGGCUGGUUAGAGUGGUGAGAAUGAUGAGGGAUGGUGAAGAGGAUGAGGCUGGAGCUGGUGUUCCGGGUGGAGGUGCUGUGCAAUGGCCGGCGGCACACGGUGACCAAGCGCUACAGUGAGUUCCAGGCACUGCACAAGCGGAUCAAGAAGACCUGCAAGGUCCCCGACUUCCCCCCACGCCAUGUCCCCAACUGGAUGCCCAAAGUGCUGGAGCAGCGCCGGCAGGGCCUGGAGCUCUACCUGCAGGGCGUGCUGUACCACAACGAGGAGCUGCCCCAGGACAUCCUGGACUUCCUGAAGGUGCGGCGGUGCCAGCAGAGCCCCAAGGCCAGCAGCCCCCCCAGCACCAGGCUCCUGCCGUCCCAGCGCCCCAUCGUCGGCUUCCGCUCGGAUCCCUACGUGCGGCCACACGGCGCCGGUAAGGAGCAGGGCCUCCAAAACCUCCAAGAGCCUCUUCUGGGCCCUACAAAGGUACUUCUCCUUCAGCAGGGCCCAGGAGGGAACCAGCUGUUACAGCACCCCCAUUUCCUCGCAGAGCUGCUCCCCAACACCGUCCUCAGCGGGGUCCUGCAGGGCCUCUACCUCCCCCUGAGCUGCGUCCCCGGCCUGGCAGCACCCCGAGCCUCUGGAAUGAUGAGUUCCACCCAGCACCCAGGGCUGCAGUGGUGAGAGGAAGGAUCCUUGUGGGGAAACUCACUCCUCCCUGCUGGGAGAAGCCAAAGGGAUGUUGGGAAGUGCUCUCUCACCACCAUGAAAAGUGCCUUUGUUGGCAGAGCAGGAGCUCUGCCUCCCCCCCUGCUGUUUUGGGCUUGCAGUACGAGCCUUUGGAUGCUGGAUGGUGCUGGAAAACCUCUCUGCAUCCAGGCUUUGGUGCAAUAAAUCUCCUGGAUUUGACUGACUGGAAAAGCGCUGUGCUGUGGAAUUCUGCAAAGCAAACCCAGGGCCAACUGUGGCACUGCUCCCAGCUGGAUGAGAUGAUAGAAAAGGAAGGUUGGAAGGAGGGCUGGAAGGUUGAGGGGUGCAUCUGGGUGAGGGAUGCAGUGAUCUUCACCCCUCGGAAGGCAGGAGACAGGCAGCUUUUU